AGAGAACCAAAUUUUAAUUUCUUUCGUGCCCUUCUUUCUCCUCCUCUCCACCGGCUGGAGAAGACCCCAACAGCCAACGUCCCAAUCCACUCGAACUCUCAAAAAUUCUUCCAAUUGCCUUCUCCGCUGCUCCGAUCGGCAUUUCCUUUGACAUGCCUUCUGCAAAUCACAGCAUUUCGGGUCUUUUCCAUUGAUAUUACAGCCGAUCUCUUUCUCCGACCGCAGUAGAUUCUUGAAGGAAGAUCUACUGUGGUGGUAAUCGAGGAGAAGCGAUGGAGUGGGCUACGGUUCAGCACCUGGAUCUCCGUCAUGUUGGUCGGGGGCUCAAAUCUAUGCAACCUCAUGCUGCUGCAUUUCAUCCCACUCAGGCACUAAUAGCUGCAGCCAUCGGAAACUACAUAAUUGAAUUUGACGCGCUUACUGGAAGCAAGAUCUCUUCAAUGGAUAUUGGUGCACCUGUUGUUCGUAUGUUGUACAGUCCUAUCAGUAGCCAUGCUGUUAUUGCUAUUCUUCAGGAUUGCACAAUUCGGUCCUGUGAUUUCGACACCGAACAGACUUGUGUGUUGCAUUCACCUGAAAAGAGAAUGGAACAAAUUUCUUCUGAAACAGAAGUCCAUAUGGCAUUGACCCCUCUCCAACCUAUUGUUUUUUUUGGUUUCCACAGACGGAUGAGUGUAACAGUGGUUGGAACUGUCGAAGGGGGAAGGGCACCAACAAAAAUAAAGACAGAUUUGAAAAAACCUAUCGUCAAUCUUGCUUGUCAUCCUCGCCUGCCUGUCUUGUAUGUGGCUUAUGCAGAUGGUUUGAUUCGAGCUUACAACAUCCAGACCUAUGCCGUUCAUUACACACUACAGCUUGAUAAUACUAUUAAGCUCAUUGGUGCUGGUGCGUUUGCGUUUCAUCCAACUUUGGAGUGGAUAUUUGUUGGUGAUAGACGGGGUACACUUCUGGCAUGGGAUGUGUCAACUGAGAGACCAAAUAUGAUUGGAAUUACGCAGGUUGGUUCCCAGCCAAUCACUUCAAUUGCAUGGGUUUCCACAUUAAGGCUUCUUGUGACUCUUUCCAAAGAUGGGUCCCUUCAAGUUUGGAAAAUACGAGUCAUACUUAAUCCAAAUCGGCCUCCUAUGCAAGCAAAUUUUUUUGAGCCUGCUGGUAAUCUAACUUCUUUACCUAAUCUGGUCUUUAUUCAUGUUUAAUUUUAUUUUCCCUGU